AUGCCUCCGCCGCCCAAGGGCAGCAAUCGCCUUUACGAUCCUGCGUUCGAAUGGUUCGAUACACUGCUGCGGGCAGGUCUAGCUUUCAGUGUCCUUACAUUUAUGAUCAUCUUUCUCAGCAAUUCAGUCAAAUUGGUUGCCUUCUGGAGGCGAAACAGGCUCCGAGUACAUCUUUCCAAGAGAGACCCGAGGAGCAGAAACGGCGUGGAGCUCGGAGAUGUUCCUCACACAACUGCGCCCAUUCGAUAUGACUUUGCACCAAGUCAAGCGGAUGCUGCAUCAGUGAUUCAUCGCCCUAACCCGAUUUACAGAGAUGCAUCCAGAGUUACCGACAACAUUGCGCCUGGGACUGUGCCGCCAUGGCAGUGGAGACAGCACCAGCCACAAGAGGAGGAGAGACUGUGA